AUGAGUGCGAGUUACUUCUUCCACUGCUUCGCAAUCAUCAUGCAUACGAAUACACGAGCAAACGCAACGUUAAUAAACAUUGUAGCGACUGUAAUGAAUUUUUGCAAUGGUAGUGGUAAUAAUAGCGUGAUACCAAAAGGUACAUUCACUAUUUAUUUGUUACCCCCUUUUUUAUCACUUUCUUUCUCUCAUGUUCAGUUACAGCCACAACGGCGAUAUUCGCUUCAGUGCAGCAAGCACAUUUUACCAAGGGAGCACACGACCGCGUAUAAAAGUGGAAAAAAAAACAAAAAAAAUGGAGGAGAAAAAACAGAAAGGAAAGAAGGAAAGGGAGAAGGAGCAGUUGCGUAUUGGUUUCCACACAAAUCCCCUCCGCAGUGUAUUCGAGUGAACUUAUAA